GUUGAUUAAAGUUUAGGUGAGUUGAGCUCACCAGGGUCAGGGUUCUUUUUUAUUUUCUGUUUUGACAGGUUAAGAAUUUGUCUUGUGGUGUAUUGUGAAAUUUAACUGUAGGGUGAAUGUAUGAUGGUGGAGUUUAUGGAGGAAUUGGAAAAGAGACGGGAAUGGCUAGGUGCUAGGGGAUUGGUUGCGCUGCUGAUGUUUCUUUGGAUGUAGAAAUUGCAAUUCAAACUUUAGAGAUUAACGAGGUUGGGGUUUCUAUCGUAAGUUUUUGUUGAAGUUUUAGUUUGUGGCUGCGUCGCGAUUCUUUAUUGCAGAGAGUCCCUCUCUAACAGGGCUGUUGUGGUCUUAGCCACAGUUGCAUUAUGGUUGCAAAGACUGAGAGACAUCAAAACCUAAACCUUGAUGUCGUGGCCCAAAUCGCGAAUGUGGACUACUUUUUAAAACUCUGGUAGUUGUGAUUAUUAUGAUUUUGACAUUUAAUGUUAACAUGUGAGGCCAGAAUCCUUUUCUUUUUACACCAAUUCUGGGCAUAUCCCACCUGUGAAUUUUUAUAACACCCUUUCUUCAUCAUUUUUACAGCAGUGUAGGUAUAGAGAAGCUUUUUGAAGAGAGAUUUUGAUGGAUUCCAUUGGUAAAUGUUAUAUAAAAAAAUAUUGGGUCGACUAAGAUGAGCAACCUCUAUUUUUGUUAUUACUGUCUUGGGAUUUCUGCCUCAAAAACUAUUGCCCUGUUUGAGCUCUCUAGAUGCUUAUGCCAACAUAGUCUGUUCUAUAGAUUUAUGCUUUGCUCCAGUUGCUCAACGUAAUGGCGGUGUAGCAGUUCUUCAUUCAUUAGUUAGGAAGAAACUAGGGUUAUCAUCAACUUGAUAAUCUGUGAUGCAGCAUUUUAUAUUUAGAGCAGUGAGAUAUAUAUAAUAUAAUGUCAAAUUCAUAUAGGAAACACACUUGAUUAGGACAUAGGAUUUCACCGGGUGCUAAUACAUAUGUUAUCCCAAUGAUUGCUGAGUGAUACCAACAUUUUUGUGAUGUUAAAAUUAUUAUUUUUGCACAGAAGUGAUGUUAUACUAGUUUUUCAUUACUCUCUUGCCAAUUUGAAAAUAUGACAUUAAGAUGUUUUUCAUUACUUCCCAAGCAUACUCCAGUUAGGAAAUAACAAUUGCAAAGAUAUCUUCAAGGUGUAGGUUCAUAUAGGUCCAUGUAUUUUGGCCAAGUCUCCAAGUGUUUGAUGUGGUGUUGAUGUGACAAGACGUGUCCUAUAAUAUGUAUCUUUCAAGGCUCCAGGGGAAUGUACUGGAGUUGAGAUUGUUUUUCUUGAACCCUAUGCUAACUCCUAUUUCCAAAGAAACAACUAUCUUCGCCAUGGCAAUUCCCCAACAUCCUCAGCCAAACCCUUGGUAAUUUCGUCACGACCAUCAUUGACAACCUUGUCUAAAGUGCUACUAAACCAAUUGCCCAGACCACAAAUCUAGCCUACCUCAGCUGAAUUAACAUCCCUCGUUAGUGAAGAAAUCAUUAGAUUAUGCAACAACUCCACAACUUUUGUAGCAUUAUUCCACUUCAAACGACCGACUUACUCAACUAAAUAUAUGAAAUAAAACAAAACUACAAGAAUUGUAUAGUUAAUAACUAAAUCAAAUGCUUUAACACUUAGAUGUUUUUUUUAACCAAAUGAACGCCUAAAUGGUAAAAGACUAAAGCGAUAAUUUAUUCAACUAACUCUCAAUCAAUUGUGUUUGUUGAGAUCUAUGCAAUCUUUAAAUAUUUUUGUGAUCUACAAAAUUGCAAUUGCUGCAUAUCAAUUGUAUUUGUUUGCAAAUUUUUCGUUAUAUCAAAGAUUGUGAUUUUUGAAAUCUCUAUAAAAAUAACUGAUCACAACUACAAUUGCAGUAAACUUACUAAUGUUUGUACACACACCUCGCAACACAAGGUUUCAAACAAUCUUCAUCCUUGUUUAUUUAUUUGCUUUCAAUUUUCCAUGUUUUCCACGAGUUACUCUUUUUAGAAUUUUUUAUUCAAUGAUUGAUCUCACCUAUAGCAUAUUUUCGUAAAUAAUAUCUCAUGUAGGGUCGUAAAAGAAGAACAUACUUAUCAGAAAAUAUAAUAUAUGAGCACGGUCCUCGAGUUCAGCUACUGUUGCUGACCAUUGUUCAAAACUAUCAUUAUCGAUUAAUAGCACUAUAAUACACUUAUACACGUUACUAGUUUGUUUUAUCACCAAAUCAUUCACCUAUAGCUUAAAAAUUGCUGAUAGCUACUAGCACUAAACUACACAUUUCUAGUUGGUUUAACCUCCAUGGAUUCCCCAAUUUUUUACUUACUAGCCCUUGUCUUGUUUUUCAUCUUCAUGCUUGUGGUACUUACAAAAGGGAGGAAUCUUAAGAAAAAAAGUUCAGCUCCAAAUCUACCCCCAGGACCAUGGAAGCUGCCUAUUAUAGGACACAUACACCAUCUUGUUUCCUCUACACCACAUCAAAAAUUAAGAGAUUUGGCCAAAGUGUAUGGACCCUUGAUGCACUUACAACUUGGAGAGAUCUCUGCAAUUGUUGUUUCCUCACCAGAGUAUGCUAGGGAGGUAAUGAAAACUCAUGAUAUCAUAUUUGCAUCUAAGCCUAAAAUUGUUGCAAUAGACAUACUAUUAUAUGGAUCCACAGAUAUUGCAUUUUCACCUUAUGGAAAUUAUUGGAGGCAGCUACGAAAAAUAUGCACAAUUGAACUUCUUACGCAAAAACGUGUUAGUUCAUUCCGGCCUAUAAGAGAAGAAGAGUUCACCAAUCUCAUCAAAAGUAUUGAUUCACAACAAGGAUCACCCAUCAACAUCACUCAAGCCGUAGUUACAUCAAUUAUGACUAUUACUACAAGGGCUGCGUUUGGAAACAAAUGCAAAGGCCAAGAACAGCUCGUAUCGUUGGCAAAUGGAGAAUCAGUUGGAGGAGGUUUUGACAUAGGUGAAUUGUUUCCUUCAGCUAAAUGGCUUCAACUAGUUUCUGGUUUCAGGUCUAAAAUUGAGGUAUUGCAUAGACAAAUUGAUCUUAUAUUAGUAAACAUCAUCAAUGAACAUAAAGAAGCUAAGUCAAAAGCAAAAGAAGGCGAAGUAGAGGAAGAUCUGGUAGAUGUUCUUCAAAAAUUUCAAGGUGGUAAUGAUAUUGACCAAGAUAUAUGCUUAACUGACAACAAUAUCAAGGCUAUAAUCCUGGACAUCAUUGGUGCUGGAGGUGAAACAUCAUCCACUACCAUAGUUUGGGCAAUGGCAGAGUUAGUAAGGGAUCCAAGAGUGAUGAAGAAAGCACAAUAUGAAGUGAGAAAAAUAUUCAACAAGAAAGGAACUGUUGGUGAAAACUAUAUAAAUGAACUCGAAUAUUUGAAGUUAGUAGUGAAAGAGACUCUAAGGUUACACCCUCCAACUCCUCUUUUACUUAGAGAAUGUGGACAAGCAUGUGAAAUUGAAGGGUAUCAUAUACCAGCCAAAAGUAAGGUGAUAGUAAAUGCAUGGACAAUUGGUAGAGAUCCAAAGUACUGGACUGAACCAGAGAGGUUUCAUCCAGAGAGAUUCAUUGGUAGCUCUAUUGACUACAAAGGAAAUAAUUUUGAGUACAUUCCUUUUGGUGCAGGAAGAAGAAUAUGCCCAGGCAUCACAUUUGGUUUGAUAAAUGUUGAGUUGGCACUUGCAUUGUUGUUAUAUCACUUUGAUUGGAGGCUUCCCAAUGGAAUGAAAGGUGAGGAUUUGGACAUGACUGAGCAAUUUGGGGCUAAUGUUAAAAGAAAAAGUGACUUGUACUUGAUACCCACUAUUCCUCUUCCUUCUAGGAUUUAAGUUAUAUAGGCUUUGAAUUUGGGUGAUUGCUUUAUAGGCUCAUUGCAUUGCUCAAAAACUUCUCGUAUUUAUUGAUCAUAACUCCCGAUCGCACAAAAUCUAUCAACGGUUAUGAUCCGAUCAUUGUUUUUUGGAUCUAAUCGUAGCUCUCGACCUGCUUAUUUUAGAGGGUUGAGCAACUUGAAGGGCCUAUAGAGCAAUCACCUUGAAUUUGAUGUUUCGUAUUUACUUUUGAAAUAAAGCUUUUUCCAUCUUUAUCGGGUUUAGUAAGGUUGAUGACUUGUUAACAGUUGAAACCAUUUGUGAGUUGAAACUGGGGAACCAAUUGUAAAGGAAUGCCAAUGCACAAGGGAAGUAUAUAUUUACUUAUUGGAUCUUGUUAA